UCGUAGCGGCAUGCAUCAUCAACGACCUACAAGAAAGAAGAAGUUCUUUUACAGUGAGUCGAAUUGGCAACACACAUCUCGCGGACAGUGGCCGUCGUGUAUUUCGGUGAUUUUCAGUGAUUUUAACCUAACAAAACAGCCAUCGGCAUCACGAAGAUAAUUGGAAAAUGUCUACGGGAGAACAGCAACAAACGCAGGCCACCACCGGGCAGCCACAUCUCCAGAAACAGGACCUUUCCCAGCUGGAUAUUACAACGUUAACCCCCCUGUCACCAGAGGUUAUUUCACGCCAAGCCACUAUCAAUAUCGGUACCAUCGGACAUGUGGCCCACGGAAAGUCCACCGUGGUGAAGGCCAUAUCCGGGGUGCAGACUGUGCGCUUCAAGAACGAGUUAGAGCGUAACAUCACCAUUAAGUUAGAGCGAUUAUCCGACGAGCAGAUUGAACUUUUGACAACAUCACCGAUAGAAUUGUCAAAGUAUAUGGAUAUGAUUCAAGAGAAAUACAAAAUCGAAAGAUCUCCCACGGCAAGUGGCAAAAGGCGUCGUUCAUCAUUUUCCAUUUCGCCAUCGGAAGGAAACCGUCUGAAGCAAGCUAAGGUUUCUAGCUAUUUUUUCCCCGCUGCAAACACAAAUACAGCUACUACAACCGAAUCCCCUACAAGUCGACCUCAAAAUAGGAAAUACUGCCCAAAACCCACAAAGGAUGGCGAAUACGCAGUAGAAAAUAUAAUAGAUUUGCAGGAAAUUUCCGAUGCGCCCUAUUUUCAAAUUAAGUGGCGUGGUUAUAGCGCCAAAAGUAACACUUGGGAACCAUUAAAUAACAUACGGACAUGCGAUUACAUUCACGAGUAUUUGCAGUUCCAGAUUGAAGAUUUCAAAGAAACUAUCGACGAAAUUUGGGCGGAAAUCAAAGAAACAGAGCAAUACAAAAAUGGAAUGGCGGCAUUCGAAGCCAAAACCUUUGACCAAAUUAUCAAGGAUUAUGAAAAGUUUGAUUCUUUGGCAUUUGACAGUAACCUGGUGCUUUUCGCUAAAAUUCGUUUGGCUGGAUCAAGGAAUAAACGAGUUUGGGAACGAUUGUUAAGCCAUUUAGGACAAGAAAUAUCGUAUCGGCGACGAGAAACCCAACUCAAAAAGAUGAAAGAAUUCGAACAUUUGCUUAAUGAACUGGAGCCUGGGAGUAAGAUUAUUGUCGAAAAUUUUGUGGAUCUAGAUGCCCCACCAGAAAAUUUUAAAUUCGUAAAGGAAAACUUCGCUGGCGAAGGUGUCCAAAUUCCAGAUGAUCCACCAUAUGGUUGUGAGUGUGAUCAGUGUGGAUAUCGCAGUGAAUGUUGUGGCAAAAUGGCUGGCUCUAAAUUUGCUUACACACAUAAGAAGCGUUUGAACGUUGCACCAGGGACGCCUAUUUACGAAUGUAACAAGAUGUGUAAAUGUCCUACUGACUGUUUGAAUCGCGUGAUGCAAAACGGUCGCAAAUUUAAUGUGACCCUAUUUAAAACAUCUAAUGGUCGUGGAUGGGGUGUAAAAACCAAUCAAACAAUUUAUGCAGGAAGGUACAUCACCGAGUAUGUUGGGGAAGUCAUCACGUUCGAGGAAACGGAAAAGCGAGGACGCGAAUAUGAUUCUGUUGGUCGGACUUAUUUAUUUGAUCUUGAUUUCAACGGUAGCGAUAAUCCAUAUACAAUCGACGCAGCUCAUCAUGGGAAUAUUUCACGUUUCAUCAACCAUUCGUGUGACCCGAAUUGUGGCAUUUGGUCAGUUUGGGUAAAUUGUCUUGACCCAAAUCUGCCACGGUUGGCGUUUUUCUCAAAACGUAAAAUAGAAGCUGGCGAAGAGCUCUCCAUCAACUACCAAACGCAAAUCAGCGAGGCCCGCGCGAUGGACGUAUGCCAGGAAAACGGUGAUUCUGUUACAGAAGCCAGUGAUGGCGGCCCUGGUAGAGGGAAACCAAAUCCUGAAAAUCUCACUGAAUGUCGUUGCGGUGCCGAUAAUUGCAAAAAAUAUGUAUUUUAGAAUAAUGACUUAAAUACGAUAAGAUAGAACUAAACAACAACGUGCUGCUUUUAUUCCUACAUUUGUCUUAUUUCUGUAAACUUUGUGGAUGAAAUAAGGCUCAGUAAAAUACAAAGUUGAAUUGAAUUUAGACCUGACAGAAUUAAGAAAAGGACAAAACCAAUGCUGCGCAGAAAAAAACGCUAUCAUUAACUAGCUUAAAUUUUGAGAAAAAAUAACACUGUCGCUUUGACAUCAAAUGUAGUCAUAAGAUAACGUAGAGAUUACAUCCUUACAGUUUUACUGCAUGGUGUGCUGAAAUAAAAUAAAAGUAUAGUACACUUGUUACUUCAA